AUGACUGCCUCUAAUCCAACUCUGUUUUCCCUUCUUGUUUUGUUGCUCAUGAAUAUGAUUCGUUUCAAUUUAAGCCACGCCAUUUUCUGCCCACUAAUCGAAAAACAGUCACUCCUAAGCUUCAAGGAUUCUCUGCAAGAUCCUUACCAUCAACUCUCUUCAUGGCAAGAUGAUGUCAAUUGUUGCAAAUGGAAUGGUGUCAUUUGCAACAGUUUGACUGGCCAUGUUCAUCAACUCGAUUUACAUGGUUUGAGUUUGAGUGGCCAAAUCAAUCCAUCUUUGCUCAAUCUCAAACAUCUCACUCAUCUCGACUUGAGCCUCAACAACUUUGACCAAGCAAUCCCUUUAUUCUUUGGAUCACUCACAAACAUUGAGUAUUUGAAUCUAUCUUUUGCUGGAUUUCAUGGAAAGAUUCCCCACAAUAUUGGAAAUCUUUCAUAUCUAUACACUCUAGAUUUGGGUGGCUAUUCAAACGUGCUAUACGUUGAUAGUCUUGAAUGGUUGUGGGGGCUUUCUGAAUUGGAGUAUCUGAGCAUGAGUUUUGCAGACCUCAGCAGAGCAAAGAAGUGGUUGCAGGUGAUCAAUACUCUCCCUUCUUUGCUACAGCUUCAUUUUAGAGGUUGUAGUCUUGAUUACAUAUCUCCUCAUCUUCAUUAUCUCAAUAUUACUUCCCUCACUCUGCUCGAUCUCUCUUUCAACAACUUUGACUCCAUGCCCAUCCCAACUUGGAUUUUCCUACUCAACAAUCUUCAUCAUCUUCAUCUAAGUGGCAACUCUUUCAUAGGGCCGAUUCCAACUAUUAGCAAUACCACCAAGCUACGCCAUAUUGAUCUGUCUAGUAAUUCUUUAAACUCCACAAUUCCCGGUUGGUUGUUUUUUUGUAUAGAUUUGGAGUCUGUGUUUUUGGAGUUCAACUAUCUACAUGGUACAAUACCAACAGAGUUUACUAACAUGUGCAAAAUACGAAAACUCAACUUAAGUUUCAAUAAGUUUCAAGGAAAAAUGUCAGAUGCUUUUGGAAAUAUGUCAGAAUGUUUCUUGAAAAGUUUGGAAUUCCUAGAUUUGGGAGUAAAUAAACUUUCUGGUCAUUUAACACAUCAUUUAGGAGGAUUUAAGAAUCUUCGAUUUCUUUCUUUUGGUUCGAAUUCGUUAUCUGGUACAAUUCCAAUUAAUUUGGGAAAGUUGUCAUCUUUGAAAAUUUUGUAUUUGGUUGAUAACAAUUUAAAAGGAAAUCUUCCUGAUAGUUUGGGUCAACUCUAUAACCUUGAAAAACUUGACAUUAAUUAUAACAAGCUGGAAGGGAUUGUCACUGAAAAACACUUUGGAAAUCUCACAAAACUAAAGUCUCUAUAUGCUUUUGGAAAUCAGUUGACAAUGAAAGUUGAUCGAAAUUGGAUUCCUCCCUUCCAACUUGAGAGACUUGUACUAGGAUCAUGGAACUUAGCGACAGGUUCCCAUUUUCCUUCAUGGCUUGAGACGCAGAAGAAUCUUACAUUCCUUGAUAUAUCUAGUACUGGAAUCUCAGGUAGUGUUCCUAGUUGGUUUUGGAAGAUUCAACAUUUGAAUCUCUCUCAUAACCAUCUCCAUGGCAAGAUUCCAGAUAUCCGAGGCUCUAAUAUUGGUCAACGGCUAUACUUGAGUUGUAACCAAUUCUAUGGUUCGUUGCCUCGAAUUGGAGACACUUUGAGAGAGCUGGAUCUGUCCAAUAACUCACUCUCUGGAGGCAUAGCUCACUUUCUUUGUGAUGAGACUUAUCAAACCUAUUCAUUAGAGGUCCUUCAUUUGGGAGGUAAUUUAUUAAGUGGGAAAUUGUCAGAUUGUUGGAUGAAAUGGCCUUCUUUGACACAUUUGACAAUAGGAAACAAUCAAAUGUUUGGAAGCCUCCCAACUUCUAUGGGCCUUCUUGCUAAUCUGCAAUUUUUGAAUCUUUAUAACAACAAUUUUUCUGGCCAAAUACCUGUUUCGAUGCAUAAGUGCACGCAGUUGGUGAAGAUAGACCUUGCAGAUAACAAUCUUGGAGGAAACCUACCAACGUGGAUAGGAACAAGCCUAGUCGAGCUGAGGAUUCUCAUAUUGCGCUCAAACAGUUUUAGUGGUGAAGUAACUUCAGAGAUUUGCCGGUUAAGAUCACUUCAAAUAUUGGAUCUCUCCAACAACAAAAUAUCAGGCAUAAUACCAAGGUGUCUUUACAAUUUCACUGCAAUGGCUGCAAAGAGAAGUUUGGAUAGUAUGUAUGAAUACAAUUUAAAAUUGGGCAUAUAUAACUUGGGAUUUGCCAUAGAGAGUGCAACAAUAGUAAAAAAGGGAAGUGAAAUGGAGUAUGACACUAUUCUUUCUUUGGUUACUAGUAUUGACCUCUCAAAGAAUAAUCUGUCCGGAGAUAUCCCAAAUGAGUUGAUCAGUUUGGUGGAAUUGGGAUCACUUAAUUUGUCAAGAAAUCAGUUGACAGGUUUGAUCCCCGACAGCAUUGGAGAAAUGAAGCAAAUGGAAUCUCUUGAUUUAUCCAGAAACUCUCUAUGGGGUCGAAUUCCAAACAGCCUAGCACUGAUAUCUGGUUUGAGUUAUCUAGACUUGUCUUACAACAAAUUAACAGGAAGAAUUCCACAAGGCACUCAACUUCAGAGCUUCAACGCUUCCAGCUAUAUUGGAAACAAUCUUUGCGGCCCACCAUUAACAAGAAAUUGCAGCAAUGAUGGUGAUCAACUUGAUAGACAGAAGAAGAAUGAGAAGAAAGGUGGAGAGAUAGAGUGGAUUUAUGUGUUGGUAUCAUUGGGUUAUGCAGUGGGAUUAUCAUUGGUUUGCAGUGCAUUAGUGUUGAAGAAGAGGUGGAGAUAUGCCUAUUUUAGGUUUGUAGAAAGGGUGUGGGAUGAGCUGUGUGUGUGUGCCAUUGUCAAAUGGAGAAGACUCACAACAGCACCAGCUCCUACCUCCUGA